AUGGCUUCAAGAUUCGGCGCCUCCUCGCUGCACCAGCGCGACUCCCGCAGCGCUCUCUUCGAGGGCUACACCGGCGGCGGCGGCGACAACGCCCGGCGACCCGUCAGCGCCUCGCCAUCUAGGCUGGGCGGCGGGUAUGGGUAUGGAUACGCGGGCGGCAGCGCCUCGCCUGCGCCGCCCAUGGGCGGUGGUGGCCAUCUCGGUAUCGACGCGAACCGGGGGUUCCGGCCUGCGACGCCGAAUAAACGGGGCCAAUACAGCGACGCCGUCCUUAACGAGCUCGAGAGCCAGAACGAUGAGCAGGUUGCGGGUAUCAUGGGCAAGGUCAAGAUCUUGAAGAGC